AUGAAUCCAAAAAACAUGAACCUUCAAUCUUUGAAUCCUCAAGAACUUACUAGAGCAACCUUCAAAUCCAUAACUUUUGAUAGUUUGUAUAUUUUUUUCAUCAAACUUUAUGUCAUUGUUGUUGAUUACAUAUCAUAG